AUGUACGCAACCUUGCCUAACGGUAUCAAACUCUUCUAUCGCGAAGCAGGCUCCCCAAGCAAGCCCACCAUCCUCUUGCUUCAUGGCUUCCCGUCCUCCUCGAACCAAUACCGAAAAUUGAUCCCAAUCCUCGCACAGAAAUACCAUGUCGUCGCCCCCGACCUACCAGGCUUUGGUUUCACGGAAAUUCCUGCCUCGUUGAGCUUCAAGUACACUUUCGCCAAUCUCGCGACUACCGUCGGAUCUUUCCUGGACGUUCUCAAGAUCAAAAGGUUCGCCGUGUACGUGUUCGACUAUGGUGCCCCGACAGGAUUCCGCCUUGCACUUGAGCGGCCGGAGGCCAUCACUGCCAUCAUUACACAGAACGGUAACGCCUACGAGGAGGGCCUGUCGUCGUUCUGGGAUCCCUUACGGAAGCUGUGGGCUUCCGACGCUGGGUCAGACGAAGAGAGGCAAUUACGCGAAAUGAUAUCGGGUGCAGUUUUGUCCCUUGAUACUACGAAAGCUCAAUAUCUGAACGGUGAGCCCGAGGCCGAAAAGAUCGACGACCCAGCGACAUACCAACUUGAUUACGCCCUCAUGUGCCGACCAGGAAACAAGGAGAUCCAACUUGACCUGUUCCGGGAUUACGCCUCGAACGUCGUCCUCUACCCCAAGUUUCAGGCGUACAUGCGCGAGAGCAAUGUUCCUGUGCUCGCCCUGUGGGGAAGGAACGAUGUCAUUUUCCCGCCAGCGGGAGCGGAAGCCUUCAAGAGGGACGUGAAGUCACUGAAAUUGGAGUUGCUGGAUGGCGGGCACUUUUUGGUCGAGAGUCACACGGAGGAGAUCGGGAAGCUGAUGCUAGAUUUCUUGGCCGAAAAGGGCAUUUGA